AGUUUGUUUUGUUUACAUUUACAAAAUACAGUCGGUCGAAAGUCAUGCGAUGAAGCUGAAGACUUUUUGUGAUUCUGCGCUAAGAGUAGCAUUUUAUCAAUAUAAAUAACGAGCUAAGUUGCCAAUUAAUAAUUGGGAUGUUUCAAAGAAAAUCAAAGGAUUACGUUGGUGUACAGUAUCACAGUUUAAAAAAGAGUAAAUUCAGUGAUUCGAGUUAUGUAGAAACGCAGUAUUCAUUCAAACCAAUACCAUGGAAAGCUCUAUUCCUGGCAUUCCUCCUGUGUGUAGUUGGCACUUGUUUGCUUAUUACUGGCUCUUUAAUUGUUUCUGGUCAUAUAGAUGAAAAGUAUGCAGACAGAAUGUGGCCUCUUUUCAUCAUAGGAUUAUUGAUGUUUCCUCCAGGAGCUUAUCAUAUGCAUAUUGCUUUUUGUGCCUAUAAGAAAUAUCCUGGUUAUUCCUUCAGUGAUAUUCCAGAGUUUGAUUGAUUAUUGUUAGGCCUAAUAGAAUAUUAAUUAUACCUGAUUAAAAUAAAUAAAUACAGCAACUGGACCAAA